AAAUCAUACAUACUUGAUACAAUCUGACGUAGCAUCUUCGUUGUCGUGCAUACCACAGAGGGACAGGUUGUUUAGGUAUCGCGAAGCCCAGGCGAAGGUUGUACAUUUUCAUAAUAAUAAUAUAUAUAUAGCCCAUUCCUAUCCUACUAAUACAACGCAGCCAUGACUCAAGCAUCACUGCAGUCGUUGAUGAACGACACGUUCACCGCAAUCAAGGACACACCAGUGACAAAGAAAACAUCGGCGAAGAAAAAGGGUAAGAAAGCCAAAAAGGAGGAAGAAACACCACAGACAGAAAUAUCACUAAUCGAUACUGCGACACAUGAACAGAAAGCAAAUGGUAAUAAGAAACGGAUAUAUAAAUCACAUAGUUCUGUUGCGGGAGUUUUGUCAACAGAAUUGAAAAAUUCAUUAAGAGAUCAGGAACCAUUGUUAAAAGUUAGUAGUAAGCUGAAAGUGUCGUACACGGCGCUAGACGACGUGGCAGUGGAGAAGCUAGCGGACCAACAUCCCAGAGCACAGGUUGAGAAAAAGGUAA